AUGCCCAGUCCAUGCAACAGUCCUCUGGAUCCGGACAAGGCAGCCGUUAUUAUCCAAAGAAAAUGGAGAAGCUAUAUGGAUAUUCUAGUCUUCAAGUACCUACAGAGACUUCUGGUCUACAGCAAAGAACUGGUUGCGGAGGACUUUCUGAAAUAUAUCAAUCCUCGCGAGGCCGCUUUGGCCGAUACAGCUGCUGGGUUGGUGGUUCGCCUCCGCCUCAAUGGGGAAAGGUUUCCUCCCACAAUAUGCUACAAGAUAUUCACUUACAGGCCGGUGAAAGAUCUGGGUAUCACAAGUCCAAAGAACUACGCAUUCAAGAAAAGAGAUGGUGUCGCAUACUGGAAUAACCGAAAUAGUUUCUCAAUGAGUAGAUGCCAACAGGAAACCUGUCAUAAAUUAACUCGAAAGCAAAACUGGUACAAGCGCGUUGAUGGGAACGACUGGCGUCCGAUAACAGACGAAAUGCUGGUAGCCUUCGUGCCAAAUCUCAUUUUUCCAAACAGGAAUAAGCUCACGGUUCGCAAACCCCAGUUUAGGAAAGUUAGGCCAAAUUAUUCAACCAAAGCUGAAGGGAACAGCAAGUAUGUGCCCUUAGCAACGAAGGUGGACUUCUAUCCAGCGUUCUUGGACCUCCCGAAAAACGUGACUGCCCGCGAAGAUGAACUAGAAGAUGAUGACUUAGUUGCUUGGACCCAGAAACUGGACUUUGACAAGUAUAUCCAGGAAUUGGAAGGACUGGCUAAAUUAUAA